AUGGGGAGAGCAUUCUUGUUCGCUGCCUUUCUCGUUGCGGUAGCAUUCUCCAGCUUGCCAUUGGUUGGGGAUGACAUCGCGUCGGAGGAGAAGCUCUUGGACUUGUACGAGAGGUGGCAGAGCCACCAUGGCGUGUCACGCAGCGUCGACGAGAAGCGCAUCCGCUUUGAUGUUUUUAAAGAGAACGCUAACUACGUGUUCGCGUCCAACAAGAAAGGCAAGCCUUACAAGCUUAGCCUCAACAAGUUCGGCGACAUGGCGAGGGAGGAGUUCAAGAGGACGUACGCAGGGACGAGGAUUCGUCGCCGCAGCACUCUGAGAGGAAGCGCGAGCCUCAAAGGGUACUUCUUAUACAAGAACGUCACCGAUGUAACUCCUACCGUCGACUGGAGGCAGAAGGGUGCCGUCACUGCUAUCAAAGACCAAGGCAAAUGCGGAAGUUGCUGGGCCUUCUCGACAGUAGUUUCGGUGGAGGGAAUAAACCAGAUCAGAACCAACGAGCUUAUCUCCUUGUCAGAGCAACAACUGGUGGAUUGCGACACCAACACCAACAAAGGGUGCGAUGGAGGUAUGAUGGAUGAUGCAUUCGACUUCAUCGAAAGAAAUGGAGGAAUCACAACAGAGGAAAACUAUCCUUAUGUAGCUCGACAAGAACAAUGCAAAGAGAGAUCUCCUGCGGUUGUGAUCGAUGGAUAUGAGGACGUUCCCGUCAACGACGAGGAUGCGUUGCUGAGAGCAGUGGCGAACCAACCUGUAUCAGUAGCAAUCGAAGCAAUCGGUCAGGACUUCCAGUUCUACUCCGAGGGUGUCUUCACAGGGAGCUGUGGAACAGAGUUGGAUCAUGGAGUGGCCAUCGUAGGCUAUGGGACAUCUAAGGAUGGGAUGAAGUACUGGAUAGUGAAGAACUCAUGGGGACCAGAGUGGGGCGAAGAGGGCUACGUGAGGAUGCAGCGUGGGAUCUCGGCCAGCGAGGGGCUGUGUGGUAUCGCCAUGGAAGCUUCUUAUCCUCUUAAGACAUCUCCAAAUCCAGUGCAGAAGAAGCUGCAUCUUUGAUGAGGGCUGAAAGCUAUUUGUUGCUGCCGAAAGAAGAUUAAGUAGCUGCUUUGAUCAUUCACCUUUAUCAAGAACUU